AAUACAAAAUUAUGUGUUAGAAGACUGAUUUUUUUGAUCUUAUGCAGUUGCAAUGUUACUGUAAAUAAAGUUCACUUUGUUGAAAAAAAAUUAUUUACUCAGGCUUCUUACACCACCUGGUACCCCUUUAUUUCCUUCAAUGGAGAUGGAAGAUCCGAAAACUGUAAGCAAACAGAUUGGAAUUCCGAAUGCCCAUCCAACUGCUCUAAGAUCUAGGUUCACAAAUCCCGUUGCAGAACCUGCAUCAAGGGGUACUAUAACAUCUAGGCAGCGAGCUUCAUCCACCAAUGUAGAGUCUGACAGAAAAGAAAGAAGGCCUUCAUCGUCUGGGGGAGUGAAAUCAACUGCUUCUAGAUCUGCAACACCAACUGGACGACCAAAUUUACCUGCAACAUUGAAGCCCUCAAGAGCAUCCACUCCCACAUCAAGAGCCACAGUUCUUUCCUCUAAGCCCACGGAUGCUCCAGGACGAUCCUCAACUCCAACAAGAGCUACUCGCCGGUCUUCUACACCUACAGCUAGACCCUCCAUGCCAGUAGCUUCCAAGUCCACAUCAAGAUCUGCAACACCAACUUCUCGACCAUCCACUCUAUCUAGUGUGCCUAGCAUGUUGGCUCCCCCUGUUCUGUCUUCUUCAGUGACAAAGGCAAGUACCACAACAUUGAAAAAUCCUGUGCCAUCACGUGGUACUUCUCCUACAGUGAAAUCUAGGCCAUGGAAAUCACCCGAGAUGCCUGGUUUUUCAGAGGAUGCUCCUCCAAAUUUGAAGACAUCAAUGCCUGAAAGGCCAGCUUCAGCAUCCAGGGGAAGAGCAGGUGCAUCUAAUGCUCAAUCUUCUUCUACAGGAACUUUUGCUAACGGCAGAAACCGACGACAGUCAUGCUCUCCUUCAAGAGGACAGGUUGUAAAUGGUAGGGCUCAUAAAACUGGGAGCUCUGUGCUUGCAAGGAGCCGAGGACAUUCCAAUAGUGGCGAUGAUGUGAAUCCAGUCUUGAUUGGUACUAAGAUGGUUGAAAGAGUGGUAAACAUGAGGAAACUAGCUCCACCAAAACAAGAUGGCCCUCUAGAUAAUCAUAAAAACCCUGUAGGGAAGUCGUCUUCCUCACAAGAAAAUUUAGGCUUUGGAAGAACACUUUCGAAGACAUCUUUAGAUAUGGCUAUACGGCAUAUGGAUAUAAGGCGAAGUAUCUCUGGUAAUCUACGCCCACUGGUGACAAAAAUUCCGGCUUCCUCUGUAUAUAGUGUUGGAUCUGGAACCGCAAAAAGCAGGACAGCUAGUCUUUCAGAUUCUCCUCUUGCUACAAGCAGCUACACCAGUUCUGACCCUAGUGUCAACAACAAUUCUCAUGGUUUAGAUGGGAGUGAAAUGGAAGAUGAUCUUAGUAGUGAGAAAGGACCCUCCUCUCCCAUGAGCCAGAAGGAUCAGUGAUAAUUUUGACUUGGCCUGAAAUCUGUACUAGAAUUGAACACUCAGAUUGAUUCCAUUUGUUUUUCUUAAACUUGGACACUCAAUCAGAGAGAAUCCAUUUCAGUUGGAAAGAGAAAGACUUCUCUUGUUUGUAGAACUCAUUAAAAUUUAUCUUAUUUAAAUUUGGGUAUAUUAACGUCGCGAUAUUACCCUCGCUUAUGUUUUGCUGCUGAU